UCAUCAUGUCACCAAACAAACAUGGCCAAGAGAAUAUAGAAACCAUCUCCAUCUCCAUCUCCAUCUCCGCCGAGGAAGAGCUCGUCUUCUCGAGAAUGCUUCCAGAUCUGUGAGCUUCUAUGGAGUUCUUGGUCUGAGGCUUCUCUCUUCCGUUCAGGCAUUUGAUUGGUUGAUCCAUGGCAAAGCUGAGGCAGCCACCCUCUAACCAAGAUGUGUCUCCAAGAUCUUUAAAGUCCAAGGACUGGGAGAACAUGUCUAGGUGGUCUGAGUAUCUUGAUGGUGAUUCUUCUCCUUCAACAUCUGUGAACUGGAAGCAUUCUGGCUCUGAAUCAAUUCCAAGUUCUGGAAAUUUCCAGAAAUCACUGCAAAUGGAGUGGGUGGUUCAACUUUCAAAAGUUGCGGAAGGUUUACUCGCCAAAAUGUACAGGUUGAACCAUCUUCUGGAUAAGCCAGAUUUGCUGUCAAACACAUACUUGGAUGCAUUUUGGCAAGCCGGUGUCUUCCCCAACUUUCCUAAAAUCUGCAUACUUGUUUCUAAGAAGUUUCCAGAACAUCCAAACAAAUUGCAGCUGGACCGAGUUGAUAAAUUUUCUCUUGAUGCUAUGUAUGAAAAUGCAGAAGGUUAUCUACAGCACCUUGAGCCAUGGGUCAUGCUUCUUGUUGACUUAAUGGCAUUUCGGGAACAAGCUUUGCGCCUUAUUUUGGAUUUGAGCAGUACAGUGAUCACCUUGCUUCCUCAUCAGAAUGCACUGAUCCUACAUGCUUUUAUGGAUCUCUUCUGUUCUUUUGUUCGUGUGAAUCUUUUCUCAGACAAGAUACCAAGAAAAAUGAUGAUUCAAGUAUACAAUAUUCUGCAUGCUAUGUCUAGGGGAGGUCGGGAUUGUGACUUUUACCAUAGAUUGGUUCAGUUUGUUGAUUCAUAUGAUCCACCAGUGAAAGGGUUACAAGAGGAUCUCAAUUUUGUCAGCCCUCGUAUUGGAGAAGUGCUGGAAGCAGUGGGUCCAACUAUAUUCCUUUCUACUGAUACAAAAAAGUUAAGAAAUGAAGGCUUUCUUAGUCCAUUUCAUCCUCGUUAUCCUGACAUACUCACUAAUUCUGCCCAUCCCCUGAGGGCUCAAGACUUGGCCAAUGUUACUUCAUAUCGCGAAUGGGUCCUCUUUGGUUAUCUUGUUUGUCCUGAUGAACUUCUACGUGUUACGAGCAUUGAUAUUGCAAUGGUUGUGCUCAAGGAGAACUUGAUCCUCACAUUAUUCAGAGAUGAGAAUGUGCCAUUGCAUGAAGAAUAUCAGCUUUACGUUCUUCCAAGGGUAUUAGAAUCAAAGAAGAUGGCGAAAUCUGGACGAGCUAAACAAAAAGAAGCAGAUCUAGAGUAUAAUGUUGCUAAACAGGUUGAGAAAAUGAUCAGUGAAGUCCAUGAACAGGCACUAUUAUCUUGUGAUGCCAUUCACCAUGAAAGGAGAAUACUACUAAAACAAGAGAUUGGAAGAAUGGUUCUAUUUUUUUCUGAUCAACCUAGUUUACUAGCCCCCAAUAUUCAGAUGGUUUUCUCUGCAUUGGCACUGGCUCAGUGUGAGAUUGUUUGGUACUUCCGACAUGUAGGUGUUUCAUCUUCGAAAUCUAAAGCUGCACGGGUGAUUCCAAUGGAAAUUGAUGCGUCAGAUCCAACUAUAGGCUUCUUGCUUGAUGGAAUUGAUAAACUCUGCUGUUUAGUUCGCAAAUAUAUAGCAGCAAUAAAAGGGUAUGCCUUGUCAUAUUUAUCAUCUUGUGCUGGAAGGAUCCGGUUUUUACUUGGUACUCCAGGCAUGGUAGCUCUUGAUCUGGAUAACACAUUACGUGGCCUCUUUCAGCAAGUAGUUCGUUGUCUCGAGAACAUACCAAAGCCUCAAGGCGAGAAUAUCUCUGCUGUUAUGUGUGAUUUAUCUGAUCUGCGCAGAUAUUGGUUGUCCAUCCUAAUGAUUGUCACAUCUUCACGGUCAUCUAUAAAUAUUAGACACUUAGAGAAGGCUACAGUUUCCACCGGAAAAGAAGGCCUUUUGUCUGAAGGAAAUGCUGCGUAUAAUUGGUCUAGAUGUGUGGAUGAACUUGAAUCUCAAUUGUCUAAGCAUGGAAGCCUUAAGCAGCUGUAUUUCUAUCAUCAUCAUCUUACAACAGUAUUCAGGAACACUAUGUUUGGGCCCGAGGGUCGACCACAACAUUGUUGUGCUUGGCUUGGAGUUGCAAGUAGUUUUCCAGAUUGUUCUUCUGCAAUCAUCCCAGAAGAGUUUAAUAAGAUUGGAAGAGAUGCGAUUUUAUAUGUGGAGUCCCUCAUUGAAUCUAUCAUGGGUGGGCUGGAAGGCCUGAUCAAUAUCUUGGAUUCAGAAGGUGGAUUUGGUGCUUUAGAGAUACAGCUCUCCCCAGAGCAGGCAGCUAUCCGUAUGAUUAAUGCAGUGAAAGUCUCAAACCUAUCCAUGAAAUCACCAAAAGGUCUGUUUGGUUUGUCCUUGCCUGGGUAUGAGAGUUACCCAGAAAAUAAUAGUUCUGUGAAAAUGCUUGAAGCUGCCAUGCAAAGGUUGACAAAUCUCUGCUCUGUUUUAAAUGACAUGGAGCCAAUAUGUGUUCUGAAUCAUGUCUUUGUUCUACGUGAGUACAUGAGAGACUGUAUACUUGGAAACUUCAGGAGAAGGCUUCUUGCAGUGCUGAAAACUGAUAACGGUCUUCAGUGUCCAUCAGUCGUAGAAUCUCUGAUAAGAAGGCACAUUGGCAUCAUCCACCUAGCUGAGCAGCACAUCAGCAUGGAUCUCACUGAGGGUCUACGUGAAGUUUUAUUAAUGGAGGCCUUCACCGGGCCAGUUUCUUAUUUACACAAUUUUGAAAAACCAGCUGGCCUGCAGACUGGAUCAGCUGUUGAAUUCAUCUGCCAAUGGUACAUGGAAAAUAUUGUGAAGGAUAGCUCUGGAGUUGGAAUUGUAUUUAUGCCGCGGAAUGAUUGCUUCAAAAGUUCAAUACCUAUUGGUGGAUAUUCAGCAGAGUCAUUCACUGAUAUAUUGGAGCUUAAAUCCUUAAUCCAUAUUUUUGGUGGGUAUGGAUUGGACCGCAUGGAUAAGAUGUUACGAGAUCACACAGCUGCAUUGCUAAAUUGUAUUGAUACCGCUUUGAGGUCAAAUCAUGAUCAUCUUGAGGGUAUUGCUGGUAGUAUCAGCACUGGUGAUCGGAUAGAAAGAGAAGCUAACAUGAAGCAAAUUCCUGACAUUGAGACUUUAGUUGGGUUUUGUAUUCAGGCUGGGCAGGCGAUAGCUUUUCAUCAGAUUCUUGUGGAGGCUGCUACGCUGGUGUUAGAUGAGAAGGCACCUUUGCUUGUUUCCCUUAUUAAUGGGGUAGCUAAGCAAUUACCAGAUGAGAUACCAGAUAAAGAUGAAAUUAAAAGAUUAAGAAGGGUUGCUAGUACCAUGGCGGUGGUUGGUGACCAUGACAUGGAAUGGGUCCAUUCAAUUAUGCUGGAAGCCAAUGCUGCCACCGAUAAUUCUUGGACCUUGCUGCCAUAUCUAUGUGCCUCAUUUAUGUCUUCGAAUAUCUGGAACUUGACGGCUUUUAAUGUCAGUACUGGUGGGUUCAAUAACAACAUGCACUGCUUAGCCAGGUGUAUCAGUGCUGUAAUUGCUGCAAGUGAGUUUGUUAGGUUGGAAAGGGGAGAAUAUCAAAGACAAUCCACUUCUAAUGGGCAUGCCAAUGAAGUGUUGGAACCUGAAGUGCUGAACCGUGCAACAGUCGAAGCAAAUGCAAAAUCUGCCAUGCAACUUUAUACUAAAUGUUCUGCUGUGAUAUUACUUGAUUCAUGGGCAGAUAGUAACAGAUCAAAUAUAGUCCCAAAGUUGAUUUUCAUAGACCAGCUCUGUGAGCUUUGCCCCUACCUUCUCAGAAGCACUCUUGAGAUACACAUACCUUAUGCCAUUAUUCGGUCGAUGUAUCGCCAACAUUAUGGGAAUUCAUCAAUGGCGGUUGUGGAAAUACUGGCACCGUCACCAAGACAAUCACCCGCUGUCUCUCUUGCUCAUGCAUCGCCUGCCAUCAGACACCAGCGAGGUGAUUCUACACCUCAGUCUAGCGCAUACGAUUCCAGUUACUUCAGUGUUCAUCAACAAGAGGAAUAUGAUUCCGACAUGAAGGCUAAGCCAGGUAGUAAACAACAUCCCAGCAUGAGACGCUCUGGGCCUCUGGAUUACGGUUCGAGCAGGAAGGUCAAGUUUGUAGAGGGUUCGACCUCCGGGAGUCGAGGUCCAAGCCCCUUGCCAAGGUUUGCAGUGUCAAGAUCAGGGCCCUUGCUGGACAAAUAACUGAAAAAUAGUAGUUGGUGUAAUCUGACAAAUUUUUAUUGUUAAUGAGCAUUGCUUGUAUGUAUUGCCAGGUUUUCUAUUCUAUUCUUUUCUUUUUUUAAUUAAUGGUGAAGUUGCUGAUA